GUCCUGGAAUGGCAGUGGCGCUGCUUUUCGCUGCCGUUCUCGGCUCUCACCAGGCAAAUGGAUUUGUUCUUAAGUCAACUUCAUCUCUCCUUCCGCCAUCUUUCCCCACGACUCAUCCGCUCCGAUGGAACUCGGCGAGAUCUGGUACCGUUGCGCUAUCCAGCACGGCGGUGGCAGAGAAGGUAUGUAUGCACGGGCGUUACUUGAGGAGAGGGUCACGUGUGAUCAUGAUUUUUCCCUCGUCAGGUGACUGAGUACCCCUGGCAAAAGCUUGCAGGCGCCUACACUGGUGAUCGAUGAUCUGACGAUGCCCUCUCUGCAUUGUUGACGGUUGCGUGAUGUUGCUUGGUUUUCAGCGGAGGAUCUUGCGGGCGACUGGCGGCUUCCGUAUGGGAAGAUAGAUCAGGUCAAGUGGGAGAUGAUGAAGCUGAUGGGGAGGAUGGGUGACCCUUCUUUCCCCUACUACUCCGCUCCCCUGUCCCCAAAGCUGUUCCUCGACCGCCUUUUCGGCGGCAAGGAGGUGCUGGACGAAGAUGAGUUCAAAAUCAAGGUGGAGCGCAAGUGGAGGUUUCUGAUGCCGGUGGAGGGCGACGUGUUCCGUGACGAGCCCGAGAUGUGCUGGCAGAUGUGGAUGGCCGUCAGGGGGGUGGUGGAGGCGCCUGAGGACACCGAGUGGAGCAAGAAAGGCGAGAGGCCCUUCUAUGAGCCCAACGAACUCCCUAUCUCUACCGUGAUGCGACGGGUCAACAAGGAGAUAAAUCAGCAGGGGAUGCACCCUGGUGCCCUUGAGGCUUUAUGGCAGUGGUUCUCUGAGGGUCGGGCGGCCAUCAACAAGGAGGACGUCCUGAACAAGUUGUUGGUCAUCAUCCCCGAGGAGAACCUGGAAGACGGCACGGGCCUCACGAGCGAUAACUUCUAUGUGGCCCUUGUCGACGUCAUCAAGCAGGGCAUCGAGGCCUUUGACGAGGAAGCAUACAAACAGUAUCAUGAGGAAGUCACCAAGGAAAGACAGGUGCGUGCGGCGCGAAGCUCACACGGGCAGCUACGCCUUGAUCAGCCUCUGAUCAAGACCAACUUACCAACCUGCUGGAUGGGCAUGUGUUCCUCGUGUGCCUAUAUGUGUAUCGUGCAGACUAUGCAGCAGCUCAUUAGCAAGAACGCCGAGUGGAACAGGUACGAGCCGUGCACUGCUGCAGUCCCUGGUUCCUUAUGUCACGUCAGUAUCGCUCUGCGUUCGCUUCUUUCAUGUUGCAGGAGGAGGAAGGCGGCUGCAAAGCGAUCUGCACAGGACUUCCAGACCUACGUCCAGUUCCUGGAAAAGGUGAUGACAUGAAUGCGUGAAAUCAGCACGUGAUACUGUCUUGUUCGUAUUCCUCAUGUCUCUCUGCGAGCAGGAAGCGUGGCUGAAAGCUGAAAAGGCGGCGAAUGAACAGUAUGGUCUGCCUUCAAAGGCGGUCAGUUCAACGAGCUGAGGCGCUUGGG